AUGUUGGCUACCGGCAAGAGUCUCGACUUUGAAACCACGCCUUCAUAUACCUUAAUAAUAACUGCAGUGGAAACCGGUGCGACCACUGCUACAGGCACCGCGACUUUGACGGUCAGCAUAAAAAAUGUCCUGGAAUUCGGACAGACCCAGUAUGGCGUCUGUAUGUCUGACGGAGCGACCGCAGACACGGUCGUCGGAACUUACAGCAUUUCGGAUAAUACGGCUAGCACAACGGUGACGUACGCAAUAGAUUCCUCCGGAAACACCAACAGCGCCUUUACGAUCACUUCCGCUGGCGUGCUCAAGGUAGCCACAGGAAAGACGCUCGCCCAGAAGACCCUUGGCGGAUACGAGAUUGAUCUGACUGCAACGGAAUCCGAAGGUGCCGCUGACGAGGGAAGUACCACGGUCUGGAUCGCGGUCGGAACGUGUGGAAGCUCUGCCAUGCACGUGGUGGCGACGCUGGGUGUCACUCUGCUCGCCCUGAUCGUUGCCAUGUUCGCCUAGAGCGAGGCCCGCGGGCGAUGGACGCUGGCAGACGUUGUAUGUCUGCAUGUGUCGUUGAACGAAUUCAUUCCUUUCCUAUACAUUCCAAACAGACAAAUGACGUGUGUUUGAUUUUGGUGUGGUAGAGCCUUGCGAUUAUGCUGGAAAGGGAGAUAAUAUAUUAUAUUAUUAUGUAAAUUAUCUCCCUUUGUAGUGAUGAUAACUAACAGUAUCGUCUAGAAAACAUACACAUACGAUUUUGCCUCAUAAACUUUUAUAAUACAUUCCAGAAAAUCGUCUAGGGAACGGGUUUACAUGUAUAUUACUGAUAUUUAUUUUAUUUAAAUAUUAAGCAAAAAGCAAAAUCCAAUUAUUUAAGUUGACCUAAAUAUCCAUGACAUAGGUAUAAGUAUUUAAAUAUAUGU